UGGUUUAAGUUAUUCAAUUUGCUCGGCGGAACCUACUUGACCCGAACAUUGUACGAGUUCGUGUUGAAGCGGAAUCAUCCGACCGUGCAGAUAAAAUGAUAUAUACCAAUUUCAUUGUCCACUAACUGUUGAUUCAACACCUAGGCUCCUUGGAAAGUUCUCUUGUAGGGCAAAGACAGGGGGAAAUAGUAAAAGAUGUGUAAGGAGGUAUUUCAAUUUCUUGUUCUUGCGGUGGUGUCAGCAGCUUCACAGAAGGUACCACUGCUACCGCCAGCCUACACAGUAGAUUUUCAAGAAGAAUUACACGUGUUUGGUCAAUCAUUUUACAGUAAAGGAGCAUGGUAUUAUGAUUUUCCUAAUGGUAGAGCUAGAUAUGACCAUUUGCGUGGACAGAGAGACAAUUUUUGUUUUGGUCAGAAAUUAAGUGAUAAUGACCCACAUGCGCCGUGUAGUUUGUUAUUUACAAAUCACAGUAGCAUGUAUGUUUAUUAUCCCGAAGCGAAGACCUGUUGUGAUCUUUGUGGUGUACAAAAAGGCUGCACAGUAUUAAAACCAACAUGGAUAGCGAAUGGCUCAUACAUCGGAGAUAAAACUAUACAGGGAUCUACGUGUCAUGGCUGGACUACGCCAGGGUUUGCAUUCUUGGAUACACUAUACGCCACAGACAGCAAUGUGCCGUGUUUGUACACCGAAAAAUCAUAUAAAGGCAAUAUUUCACACGCCUUAACUUUUAAUCAAGCCAGUUUUAAAGCAGGACAACCGGAAGAAACUAUCUUCACUAUACCGACGUACUGUAAAGAAAAAUGUCCAAAUCCUUUUUUUGAUGACAUCAGAAUCUGAUUAUUUAUUUACAGUAACAUCGUUUCCACUACAUUUUCCAGUAUACUGAUAUGUGUUUAUUUUAAUAAAGUCGUGUACUGAAUUGUUCUUACUCAGAAA